UUGAUUUUGAAGUAGGGGCUCGGUGAUCUGUUGUGGGCCAUGGAGAGUGACUUUUAUCUGCGUUACUACGUGGGUCACAAAGGCAAGUUUGGGCACGAGUUCCUGGAAUUUGAGUUCCGACCCGACGGGAAAUUGAGAUAUGCCAACAACAGCAAUUACAAAAAUGACGUCAUGAUCAGAAAAGAGGCCUAUGUACAUAAAAGUGUGAUGGAGGAACUGAAGAGAAUCAUUGAUGACAGUGAAAUUACAAAAGAGGAUGAUGCUCUGUGGCCACCUCCUGACAGGGUGGGCCGGCAGGAGCUUGAAAUUGUCAUUGGAGAUGAACACAUCUCUUUCACAACAUCAAAAAUUGGUUCCCUUAUUGAUGUCAAUCAAUCCAAGGAUCCAGAAGGCUUACGAGUAUUUUAUUAUCUUGUCCAGGACCUGAAGUGUUUGGUGUUCAGUCUUAUUGGAUUACACUUCAAGAUUAAGCCAAUCUAAACUAAAUAUUGGUGUGGACACAAGGGGCGGGUGAGAGUAGCUGUUUUUCAUUACCAUUAUCAGGAAAUUUUUGUGUAUAUUGGGGCAAUAUUUUUUUUAUAAAGUAUAAAUGAUUGUCUAAUAAA